GGCUACUAGAAUUUCUGUAAAGAUGGCGGCGUCGUUCAAUUGGACAGCAGCAUCAUUUUGUUCUCAGUGAAGUAUAUUAGUAUAAGUAUCUUGGAAGCAUUAAUAAAUUACUUUUGAAGUUUGUAUCUUUUAAACAAACUAUAAGUAAUUAAUUGCAGUUUAUGUUGGAUUGUAAUUAUGAAUAGGCUCAAAAUUGUUAGUAGCCGCCUUUUUUACUCAAUCGCCCGAUUAUCACCGACAGUUUUACGAAUUUAUACGAAGCCAUCUCCAUCAAGAACCUGAAAAAAGGAGAUUUGUCGACGUUUUCUUAUCGAAACGAAAGGAAGUCCUCCUAUGAGGACUUCAACUGUAUUUCUGGACACGUUGCGAUGAGCAUGCAAAAGGGAAAACAUCAAGGUGGACAGUCACAAGGCUUUCAGCGUUAUCAAACUAAUAACUAUAUUGGUAGACCUUCAACACCACAACGAACGGAAAGCUUCCAUGUGACGGUGCCGUCGCAGUAUCCUCCGCAGCAGGGGGGCGGGCCGGGCCCGCGCAGCCUGCACCACCACGGGGCCCAGGGGCAGGGGCAGGGGCCCCCCGGGCCGGCGCCCACCUCCACUCCGCCGGGCGCCGACAUGAGCAAGCAGGGCAUGCCCCACAUGCCGCAGGGCGAGGCCUGGCAGCAGCUACCGCUGAAUUAUACAGUGACUACCCAGUCGCGACCUGGGAACACACAGGGGUACUUCGGCAGCGUGCGAGGUCCGGCGCCCGCCCGGAUGCAGCCGCACCGGGGCCAGAUCGUGAACGUUCCCGCCAACAACGUCAGCCAGACGAUGUACUCCCCACACGUCCCCAUGCCGCAGAUGCCUCCCGCGAUGUAUGCGCAGACCGUGUCGGCACAGAUGCCGUCCCAGCAGAUGGUCUACCCCGCGAACAUGGCGCCCAUGUUCGCCAACCAGCCCAGGCACCAGAACCACACGGCGAGCGCCUUCUACCCGCAGUCCAGCCACCAGCAGAUCAUAAUGCCGGGCUUGUUUUCCGGAUUUGCGUCGACCAACGCCCCUCAAGGACAGUACUACACCUUCUCGGCGCCCAUGAGGCCAGGCGGGGGCGGGACCCCCGGGGUGGGGGCGGCGCCCGCCCCGCAGGUGGUGCCCGGGGGCUGUCCUCCGGCCAUGCCCCAGCCGGGCCAGCUGUCGCUGGGCAUGGUGCCCGGCGGCGGGGGCAUGGGCAUGCCGGCGAUGCCCGGGGAGCCCCCGGCGCUGCACGCCAAGACCCGGCGCAAGCACGCCCUGGACAUAGUGGACCCCAAGACCAACAAGGUGGUGUCCCUGUACGAGGAGAGCAACGGCAGCACGCCGCCCCGCUCGGGCGAGUCCCCGCAGCCCAAUACUGGUCCAGGGAGCCUGGAUGUGGUGGCUGACUUUGCUGCAAGAGUAGCGAAAGCUGCCAGUGAAGAGACGAGUUCCUCCCCUCAGCCAAAUAUGCACUCUCCAUUGCCAGCAGAUGGCGAUUCUCAAGUGGUGUCUGUCAGUGGCCCGGACACAGAUAGUUUACCAGAACAGACAAUUAGUAAACAAAAUAUUUCACCUAUAGAAGAAACAUCACAUUGGAAACAAAAUCAAUCUCCCUCGUUAGGAAGUGUAUCGAGCACAGCGGAAAAAAGUGACGUGAACUUGGUAAAAACGGAUAUUAAGAUAGUGAGCAACGUUAGCGCCAAAGCGGCUUCGUACGUGGCGUCGGAAGUGCCCCAGCACAUACCGGUGAUAAUCAACCAGUCGCCGUCGUACGUGGUGUCGGAGCCGCCCCCGCACGUGCCCGGGCUGAUGGAGUUGUCCCAGCACAUACCCGUCCUGGUGAGCUUGGAGCACCAGGGGGAAGUGCCCACCCCGGUGGUGAGCGCGCUGACCAACAGCCCCGACGUGGAGCUCCAGCACAGGCCGGCCCCCGCACCGCCCCCGGCCUCCCCUCGCAGGCGGCGGGGCGACGCCGGCGACAAGAUGGGCGGGCCCAACGUGGCGGAGUUCGUCCCCGGCGAGGCCAAGGCCCGCAAGAAGUCCCUCUCACCGGCCGAGGAGCCCCCGCCGCAGCGCGCCAGGGAGGUGGAGAAGGGCGCGGCGCGAGGCCGCAAGGACGCUGACAAGAAGCCCCGCGGCCGGGAGAAGUCUUCCCAGGGGAGGGAGAAGUCCCGCCGCGAGACGACGCCUGCCCCGGUUCCUGUGGAGGAGGCCCCCGCUGCCCCCGCUGCCCCCGCUGCCCCGCAGGCCUCGGAGACGAAGCAGCCCAACGGAGAUGCCCUGAUCGUGGAGGGCUCGGAGGGUAAGGCCGUCCAGAGGUCAAAGCAGAAGAAGGUCGCCAAGAUGAAGGACUUCAACCGCAAGGGCUCGGAGAAGGAGGGCAGCGACAUGGAUGCCUUCGUGGAGCCUGUCCAGGAUCCCCCGCCGGCCCCUGCCGCCCCGGCCGCCCCGGUCUCUGUCCCAGGGCCGGCCCCCGCGCCGGCCAAGUCUCCCUCGCCGCCGGCUCCCAGCGUGCCGGAGGUGGUCGCCGACCCGGAGUGCAACGAGAUGGAGACAGACGCUGCUAAAGAAGACCAACUGGAGUCGGAGACUGAGAAGCUGGUGGCCGCUCGCAACGAGGAGAACACGAAGGUCACCGCAGCUGUUCUCAAGGAAGAGCCGCUUCCCGUCAUUGAGGCUAUUCAGCCGAAGGCAGUUCCGAUGAAGAAGCUGCCCUAUAAAGAAGAUCAAUGGAGCCCGGUGAACCUUGACGGGAAGAAGAAAUAUGAGCGUGACUUCCUGAUGGAGCUGCAGAAUGAUCCGCAGUCCAGGAGGAAGCCCGACAACCUGCCAGAUCUGGAAGUGGUGCUGAAGGAUGGGCAGAACAACAACAGGGCGCCGAGGCAAGGCGAUGUCAGAGGGCUUCCAAACCGCAGCCAGCAGGAUUCCUUUGCGCCCACGUUCCUGAGGGGAUCAAACAUGCGUGGACCGCCGGUGACGAAGCGCAACAGCCAGCAGGGCAGCAAGCAGAAGGGCGGGGGCAAGCCCAACAUGAUCCACGUGUCGCUCUCUCUCAACCAAGACAUCAAGCUGCGCGAGUCGGAGAACGCGUGGAAGCCGGGCCGCGUCAAGCCCGUCCAGUUGACUGAGGAAGAGGCCAAGACUGAGGAACUGUACAAGAAGGUGCGCAGUGUUCUGAACAAACUGACGCCUCAGAAGUUCCACACGCUCGUGUCCCAGGUGCAAGCGCUGCCCAUCGACAACGCUGAUAGGCUGCAGGGAGUCAUCAACAUCGUCUUUGAGAAGGCGGUGGACGAGCCGAACUUCUCGGAGGCGUACGCGCAGAUGUGCAAGGUGCUGUCAGACAUGCAGGUGAAGGCGGAGCGCGACAAGGAGGACUCUGAGGUCGUGAACUUCCGCAAGCUGCUGGUGACGCGCUGCCAGAAGGAGUUUGAGAAGAACAGCGAGCAGGAGCUGGACCGCGACCGCCGGCUCAAGGAGAUCGCCGAGAGCCAGGACCCGGAUAAGAAAAAAGAACUCCAAAUCGCAUAUGAUGAUGAAGAGAGGAAAGUUAGAAUGAAGUCAGUUGGUAAUAUCCGGUUCAUAGGAGAACUGUUCAAGUUGAAGAUGUUGACACCGAACAUCAUUCUGAGGUGUAUCAAGCAUUUACUGGACGAGGGGGACGAAGAGUCGUUAGAGUGCUUGUGCAAGUUGGUUACGACUGUUGGCAAGGAUCUCGAGCAGAGACAGAGUCUCGCUCCCUAUUUCGACGAGAUGAGAAAGCGCUCCCAGCGGAAGGACCAGAUAUCUAGCAGGGUACGCUUCAUGCUGCAAGACGUGAUAGAUAUGCGUCAGAACAAGUGGGUUCCCCGCAGGGAUGACUCGAACCCCAAGACCAUCGACCAGAUACAGAAGGAGGCGGAGAAGGAGACCUUGGAGAUGCACAUCAACCUCAACUCUGGCCCGCACACGCCGCGCCGGCAGGACGACAGGAGUUCCUUCGGCGGCGAGCGGAAGAAGCGUGGUGGGCCUGUUACAAAUGACGACGGCUGGACGAAUGUUGUAACCAAACCAACAAGAUAUUCAGUUGACACCAAGAAAUUGGCAGCUGGCAAAGAGAGUGAGCAGAACAUGUCGCUGGGAUCCAAGAACCAGUUCAGCAACUGGGGGGCCGGGGCGGGCACCGGGGCCAAGGCGCCCCCCGCGGAGAAGAGGAACUACGCCCAGAUACACCCCAACAUGUACUCUGCCCUGGACGUGGAGGACAAGAAGCCUCCUCCGAGCAUGUCCAGCUCUCGUCUUCCGCCUGGAAAAGCGGCACCGUCCACUGAGAAGGACCGCACCGCUCCAUUUUCCAAAUUUAUACCUGAUGACCUGAGGCAGUCGCGCGACAGCGCGGCGCCUGCGCGGCCGGGCGCGGCAGAGGAGGCGGACCAGCGCGAGGGCAAGCCGCCCAAGGUCACGCCGGCGGCCAUCGUGCCAGACCCCUCCCUCUCCCUGGACCAGAUCCAGAAGAAGGUGCACUUCCUCAUGGACGAGUUCCUGCACAACGUCAACUACCCGGAAGCACGACAGACGGUGAUGGAGACAUUUUUGGACAAGAACAUGCAUAUCUUUGUAGAGGAAUGUAUGAAUUAUUUGAUGGAGAAGUCUUCACAGGCACGGCAGCUGCUCGGCAAAUUGAUGGCCGACUUGCUGAAGAACUGUAUUAUAAAAACUGAUCACUACGUCAAAGGGAUGUUGCAGUUUCUGGAAAUAGCAGACGACAUGGCAAUUGACAUCCCAAAGAUUUGGCUGUAUAUAGCCGAGACAAUAGUUCCUCUCUUUUCUGGUUCUGAAUUUUCUCUCGGUGACUUUCUCUCGAUAAGCAGACAGACCAAUCCGACUAAACUUAUUCCAGAGGUCUUUUCUUUGCUGAUGAAGGAGCAGGGUCCCAACUGGGUGAAGGAGCAUUGGGACUCUGAAGGCCUCAAAUGGUCCAGUUACCUUCCUGCAAGCACGGUUGAUUCCUUCAUCAAGGAACAUAACCUGGAAUUCCUGACUGGGGGGGCGAUUGCUUCACUUUGCGCCCCAGCCACCGUCAAUAUGGACGACGUUCAUACACGACUUUUGCAGUUCCUAACCCCCGAUGAAUCCGGUCACGUUGCCCCAUUCGACGAGAUAUGUGCCUGGAUUGCCGCCAACGUGGGCGAGAGAGUGCAGGAGCCCCACUUCUCGCGAGUGUUGUCGUCCGCAGUGUUCAGGAGUGCUAUAUACAAGCACGGGAACUCGUGGAAGCUGCAGGAGGACAGCCUGAUGAAGAACCACUCGCUGCUCACCAAGUACAUCGACAACAAGGAGCCGCUGGAGCUGCAGUGUCUGUUCGCUCUGCAGGCCCUCGUGCACGAGCUGGAGCACCCGCAAGGAUUGCUGUGCCAAAUAUUCCAAAUCCUGUGGGAUGAGAACAUCAUCUCAUCAGAUUCGUUCAUUACGUGGGAGAAGAGCAGUGAUCCACAAGAACUGAAUGGGAAAGCAGUUGCCUUAAAAUCACUCACGACGUUUUUUACAGCUCUCAAAGAAGCAGAUGAUGACAGUAGUUGCGAAGAUUCGUGAGCCCGGUUGCGCUCAUACCUAGGACAUAAUUAUUACUAUUCUUGUGAUAAGGUGGAGAGACUGUAAUUUAUACCUUAAAUUUUCGAAGACAUUUUGUAUAAAGAAAGCGACAAAAUAUUGUAACAUAGAAACCAUGAACAUUGUGGUCAAAAUCGUUUUGAUUCGAACGAGUGUUUUUUGAUGAAUGGUGAUAUUUUUUGCAUCUUGUGCAAAUUUCUUUUGUACAUUAAAAAAAAUGGGGGGUUGUAAGUGUGCACGAACAAGUUUGUAUGAAACGUGUAUUUCAGAUAUGACGUGUAUAUGAGUUAAGGUUAGAUAAUGUUGGAAAAAAUAUAUAAAUAAGAGUUUAAAUAUGUAUAAAACAGUGAUGUUAAUAUUAUCUUGUAUUUGUUUUCUAAUUGUCUUCAGUUUGAGCCUAUUUUUUGUAUCCAUAUAUUACCUUGACCUUCAUUAUUUUUUAAAAUAUAUAUCUGAUUACAGAGAUGAACACUGUGUAUAGUGACAGUCACAGCAUUUUAAAAAGUGAUAAUGAUUUCAAGAUUGUCCUUAUUGGUAUUGGUCGUGUUUUCAUCAUGUACAAGAAGCAGGACUUCCACUGAACAUUAAUUGUUUUAUUGUCUGUCUCGGCCCCUGCGACAUCAGACACUUGCGCCUUCAGCUUUGGGAUCUUGUUGCAUUCUGGGAGUUCAAAAUUGCACUAACUAAAAUUCAUUUGCUUUGCUCUCUUUUUAAUUUUUGUGAAACUAUCUUGAUCAUAGAACUAUCUUAUUUCUGGUGAACGGUGUCGCAGAGAGUGGACUUUUUUUUAUCAUGUUGCUCUUGUGUCGUUGAGUAACAUGCGAGAAAUGUUAUUUAUGGAAAAGUGGAGUGAGCUAUAAUAAAUUUAAAUUAAAAAUUGUUCAAAAUAAAAAUUAUUAUACCCAAA